AUGAAAGUAAAAGGUGUGUUCAAUGAAAUCGACGAUUUAUGUCAAGCAGUAGGACAAUCUAAACAAAAUAGUGACAUCAGUUCUUCUAGAACGACACCAGUUCCAUCAAGGCCGAAUCGCCAUGGUAAAGGGACCGUGAUCGAUAGCCAAAAGCCGCAAACCAGUGGUUUACGUGCAAAAGACGACGAAGACUCUGUAGAGACAACAACCAUAGUUGAUAAUCAACGCGAAAAGCAUCAUCGACACAGUAAACGAACACCAUCGCCAUUAGUACCAUUUGAGACGGAUGACCACCGAGAUUCUUCGCUGAUUAAUUCCACGAGAUCAACAACAACAUCAAGAAGCUCAUCGAAUUAUGAACAGUUUGAAAGAGCUCUAGUUGAAACAACUGAACAAACACUACGCAACAGUCUUCUUGGUAAUAAUGAUAUUCAUCAAGCAACAUUCUUGCAAGCUGAUACAAUGGAUCGAUUGCAAGGUACUCUUUUACAAACAAUACAGAAGCAUGUUACGAAGAAAAGUGAUGAAUCGACUGAAUUAAAAGGUUUAUUUAUUGAUCUAAAACAAGCGCUAGUCGAUGCAGUCGUACAACAACAAUCUGCACUGGUACGAGAUGUCAUCAAACAAACUGUGGCUGAUGCUCUCAAGCAUCAACAAAAUUCAACACUUGCUCCUUCUCUUCCUUCAACUACUACUACGACGACGAAAGGAAUACGGCAGCGAAAGCCAAUUGUUAUCAUUAACAAUCGAGAGAUUAAAAUUGCUGCUGAUACUAAAAAGACACGUAUAGAUGCUAACUUUCGACAAAAACGUGAAGCCGUUGUGUCCAACAAGCGAUUACGUGAUGUUGUGAAACAAUGGACAACGAUACAAUCCAUAGCUGACCUUGCUGUUGCAAUCAAAAAAUGCGGAACUAAUGAUUUAGAAUGUGCGUGGUUACUUUUCUGUUGGGUAGGUCAAAAUAUUCAAUAUAAACCAUAUUGCAAUAAUAAUUCUGCUGAUACUGUAUUUCGCACAAGACAAGGCGUCUGCCGAGGCUUUGUUAGUCUCUAUCACGAGUGUUGCUCACUCUUAGGAAUUGAAUGCUCUGAAAUAUCAGGCAAUGCAAAACAAACUUUUGUUAAAUCACGUGCAGAACUCCAGCAAUCUCUUCAUGCCUGGAAUAGUAUUGUACUGGAUCAGUACACUUAUCUAAUAGAUCCAACAUGGGGUGCAGGAGGUAGAGAUAAUAAGAAUAAACUCGAAGACUUCUACUUUCUUACAUCGCCUGAAGAAUUUAUCUAUACACAUUAUGUCAAUGGAUAUCAAUUACUCGAACCGGAAAUUACCAAAGAAGAAUUUAUUAGUUUGCCAGUAAUGAAGUCUACUUAUCAUCAACUUGGUUUAACUUUGCUAUCACCAAAGCAAGGUUUAAAUGAGACAAAUCAAAAUAUAUUUAAAAUCGCAAUUCAAGCACCGGCACAUAUUGAUCUAUUUGCUGCAUUGAAAGUUGGAGACGUUGAAUAUCCGCGCAGUUUACAUACAUUAUGCCAACGAGAUCAGAACAAAGCCGAUAUUUACAAUUGCUACAUUGCACCACCACUCGAUGGCCUCUACGAAAUAGCUAUCUUUGCAAAAACAAAUGAGGAAACCACAUAUUUCGAAGCGAUCAAUAUGCGUUUACGUGUAUCAAACAUAGAUGAUGCAUUCAUGUUUCCAAUUACAUACGCAACUUUUACAGAACAUCGCUGUAUUUUAAUUGAGCCUUUUCAACGUCUUGUAUGUGAGAAUGAACAAGUUUUGAUUCAUAUGAUAAUACCAAAUGCUAAUGUGAUCAAAAUUCGCAAUGGUGACGAGUAUAUGGUACCACACAAAGAUGAAUACAAGAAUGGCGUAUUGAAGAAAAAAAUAUUCGUUCAAGGUGAUCUACAAGUUUGCGGCCGCUGGGAUGAUAAGGCCGACUCAAUUUCAAUUAUUUGUAUUUUUAACAUGAUUUGA